AUGCGUGACCUGCUUUUAAGGUCAAAAUCCCAUCCGUCACUCCACAAAGUGAUUAUUAACUCCUUAGAUUCCUUCUUCCCAGCAUAGACGCCCGGAACGACGCCGGCGACGGAGGAUGGGAAGCGAAGCGGAGGAGGCGCCGGCGCCGAGGAAGCCCAGGUUCCUCUGCCUCCACGGCUUCCGAACCAGCGCCCAGAUUCUCAAGACCCAGCUGGUCGGAAAAUGGGACCCCGCCGUCGUCGACAAACUCGACCUCGUCUUUCUCGACGCCCCUUUCCACUGCCUCGGAAAAUCCGACGUCGAAGGAAUCUUCGAUCCUCCUUAUUACGAGUGGUUCCAGUUCAACAAGGAAUUUACACAGUAUGAGAAUUUCUAUGAGUGUCUUGAAUACAUAGAAGAUUGCAUGAUAAAAGAGGGACCUUUUGAUGGUCUUCUUGGUUUCUCCCAGGGAGCAAUUUUGUCUGCAGCGUUACCCGGGUUACAAGAAAAGGGUGUGGCAUUGACCAAGGUCCCAAAGAUCAAGUAUCUGAUAAUAAUAGGAGGUGCAAAGCUAAGGGAUGAAUCCAUAGCAGAGAAGGCAUAUGCAACACCAAUCACAUGCCCUUGUGUUCAUUUCAUAGGGGAGAAUGACUUCCUAAGGGAACCCGGCACCCAACUCCUCCUCUCUUUUGUUGACCCUCUCGUCAUUCGCCACCCCAAAGGCCACACCAUACCCAGAUUUGAUGAAAAGGGGUUGGGAGACAUGCUUUCCUUCAUAGAGAGGAUUCAAAAGAUGGAAGAAGAACAUAAAGAUUCAUCAUCCCAUUGAUUGGUUCUCCAUUAUUUGGUUAUUAUGGUGGUUGUACAAUGUUUACAAGUCAUUGAUGUGGUUUAUAGAUUAUUGGUCAUGAUUCCGUACGUGCAUGAUAUUUUGUGGUGUUUGGCUUGUCCAGCAAUGUGGGAAGUUGUACAACCCGCUUGUUUGGCAGUACUUUAUUUAAAUGAUAAAUAAGGUUUGUUUGGUGAAAUAUGAGAUUCAUGCCCAACUACUCCCUCAAAAAACACAUGUUUUUCUUUUUGACAUUUUUAAAUGUUCAUAAAGUCGUUUGUUGUGG